AUGGAUCCGAACGGUUCUUCUCUUCCAAUAGGUAAGUCUUGCACUUUGUUUUCUCUUUCAACUUCUUUUCCAGACGGCCCUCAGCCCGACUGCGAUUUCGUGAGUCCAGUCUACGUGAAGGAGCGAUUCUAUCUGGUUGCCGUUUUCGGCACGACCGUGGCAGUCAUCAACAUCCUCGAGAAUGCUUUCCUCUCUUUCAUGCUCUUCAAAAAGUUUUUCAUGAUCUUAUUUCUUUGUAACACCUUCUGGAUAUCCAGGAAAUCGCACCGAUCCUCCCACAUGUUGUACCUGGCGCUUUUGGCCUUUUUCGACGUCUGGAUGGCUGUCGCCUACAUCCCACUGAUGAGUCUCAACCUCGCCACUGAUUAUUUUCAGUCAGUAGUGCUGCUCCGAGCGUGGUAAGUGAGGAUCAUUCAAGCGGUUUCUUGUUUUCUCGUGACAUUCUGUUUCUCUGAUUAUUCCGAAGUAGAUCCUAGGUUCCAUUGACAUCAAUAGUUAUCGGCUUCUCUAGCUGUCACUCCACUUUUCAUUGCUUCAUCUCUCAGAAAAAAUAAAACUAUUGAAAUCAACUAUAAAGAUAUUAUGACUGAAAGAAAGUUAUCGUAAGGAAAUAUACCAAAAAAAAAAUUCCUUCUACAGAUUUUUUUGAAUAAUUUUUUUUUUGCCGCUCCUUUCUUAGGAUCCAUUCAACCAAUAUUUCAGGAAGCAAAUUGGCUCAAAUAAGGUCCCUAGAAUUAUUUCGUAUUUUGAGUUAAAGCUUUUGAGAAAUUCUCGAGAAAAACUGAUUUUCUUGAAAUCAACAAGAGCUUUUUUUACAAUCAAGAAGAGCCCUCUUAAAGAGAAGUCCAGAACCACGAAACUUCCCACUAUGCACUUUUCCUAUUUUACCACUCUUCAAAUCGCAGUUGAUUACAGGUUCACCUACGUGUUGCCAAUGAUCACGAUGUCGCACAUCGCUAUGACCGCUUCCUCUUUUUUGAUGGUGGCGGCAUCGCUGGAGCGCUACUUCAUAACCGUCCAACCCAACGGCAGAAAGACCAAAUGGCUUCAAAAGCAUCGGAUGACGAUAGCCGCCUCUAGCGUUGUAAUGGGAAUCGUUUGUAAAUUCACCCAGGCUCUUGAGAUUACCGUAAGUUCUAAACGAAAUCACAAGAUAAAAAGCUCAAAUCCAGGUGAGCUAUGAGCCGAAAUGCUACGGAACUAUGAAGGAAUACAUAAUCGAGGCAUCGGAACUCACGAAAGACCCCAUCUACGAUUACUGGCGUGUCAUGUUAGUUAUUCCAGAAUGUUCGGAUCAACUUCUUCGCUAUUUCACAAUUUUGAGACAACCCAAUUUAUGCAAAACUCGAGAUCUUUUAGAUCGUAGAACAUGAAACGAACUUGUGCUUCAUAAAAAAUGUUUCAAAUUUCGUUCUAGUCCUUUCCUAAAAAUAACAAUAAAAUUACCCUCUGUUUUGAAGCUGAACAAUACCAACUAUCUCAUCGUUAUUUCUUCUACAGAUUCCGCGCGGUCUUCACAAACUUCAUCCCAUUCUCCUUGCUCGCCUUGAUCAACAUCAGGAUCGUGAGCAUCAUCAGCCGGAGCGAGUUCGAAUACCUGCAUUCGAACAAGCUGAGCGACGCGAAGCGGAAAGCCCGCGUCAGGAACGCCACCCGAACAUUGGUCUUCGUUGUGUUCACUUACCUCCUGUCGAAUGUUCUCAACGUCGUCAUCAUCCUCUGGGAAUACAUUGACUACGAGCAGAUCGCCUUCGAAUUCAACAACUUUUACACGUGCGCCGUGGAUGUGGUUCGUUUCCACAUAGUUUAUUUGUCGCCGGACGGUCGCGUUUUAGAAUGCAGCAAAAAAAAGCUACCGUAAACACAAAAUUCGCUUCAAAACGUUUUAAAAUCGGAAAAAACACAGAUCUAGCAAAAUGCGCAUUAGAUUACGGGUUUUCUUGCAAAAAAAAAAAUAACAAGACAAUCUGGGAACUACUAUAUAAAAAAUUUUCCAGGUUUCACUGCUGACAAUCUUCACAGGAACACUGAGGUUACCGAUAUAUGUCACAUGUCAGCCAAACUUGAAAAAAGAGUUCGUCACGCAGUUCAAGAGGGCUCUUACGACGUCCCCGUAUUACAAAGUUGGUUUUUUACAAAGCUUUUUUUUUUGUGUAUUUUGGACGACUAACUAGAUUGCUUCAAAACCUAAUACAACUCAACAAAAAACCAAUUUCCAGGGUUACAGUCGAACACCAUCCGUCGGAAUGAGCAACGCCGACCGGGAGGACGAUAAGAUGGACGUGGAUGACGAAGAAGACGUCCCGACUGAGGAACAGAAAACGCAGUAUCCGUUGCUCUUCACCUUGGGAACGGUGCUGCUCGUGGAGCAGAACGAGAAAGAUGGAAACGCCUGUAUCAUCAGAAACGACAAGGCGACAGAGGACUCUAAUGACGACGACGUUUGA